AUGAUUGAACAACAAUGUCUGUCAGGUGGCGAGAGGCAAAGAGGCAUUAUCACAUGCGGGAUCGCACCAAACCGCCUGAAUCCUAUGGCUCAGGCUAGCCACCAUGCCGUCUUUAAUGCUUGGCGACGCUUCGCGAGCCGGGUUUGGUAUUUCGGGCCACCUCUGAUAACCGCCUGGUACGUGAUGUGCUGGGCGGAUGAAAGGAACAGGUUUCUCAGUUCAAAGGCGGGCAGAGAGAGACCUGAAAGGGAUUAGUAGUAGGUGUAAUCGACAGGUUCAUUGACGAUUAUGCUAUGCUCAUCUAGAUAUAUGUCUUGUUCGAUGCAGCAGACUACUUCCUACACGGCUACUUAACUUUUGUAGUGGCUAUCGCUCAAAUUCUCGGUAGAAUUAUAACC